AUGUGGCUGGCGUGGGCCCGUGUCGAGCUGAGACUGGACUGGAGCACGCCAGAAAAACCGAAGUUUGCGGUGCUCAUUGAUGCAGCUGUAGACCCCUCGCCUAAAGAACAUGUUGAUGAUGCAUGCAAGGUCCUGCUCAGAUUCACAUUGAACUGCAAAACACUCAGACCCGCUCUCGCUCUCGCUCUCGCUCUUGCAUGUCGCUUGCUCACCUCGCCUUUUUACUCUAUCGCAUUGCCUUGCCUCGCCUCUCCUCGCCUUCCGCCACUGCUGGCCCCGCCCCGCCCCGCAAGUCUCACUCCCUCCAAACCUGCCAAGGCCAUGAGUUGA